AUGCAGUCACAAGACUCCAUGACCGUGCCCAAGGCAACAGUCGAGACUCAUUCGAGCAAAGCCCCGGUACUCACUGAGGGUGAUUGCACCCCCGCCGUUCUGCGCGAGUUUACGAUCUCCUUCCGCAAUUACACCACGAUAAAGAAGGUACCGGAUGACAAACAGGUCGCCAUAGCAAUGUCCUGCUUCCGCGAUUUUCGCAUCACUGAAUUGCUGGAGCUCAAGAACGAACGCGCGACAGCACUAGCCGGGACAUUCGACGACCUGAUGAAGACAAUUCGUGGCGUCAUGCUACCCGCGGAGUGGGAUUUGGAUAUUUGCCGUGAGAUAAUGCAGCAGAAGAUGUCGGACAAUGACACCUUCCACCACUUCUCGACACUCAUUUGUUCACGCAACGCGUUGCUUACCGGCUCCAAAUACCACCUGCCCGACGAUCGUAUGCGCCUGCACUUGGAAACCGCCAUGGUGGCGGAUUUGAAUGACUUGGUCAUCGAAGACAAGAUCGUGAACAAGGAGACGGACUUUGGGAAGUGGCUUAAAGGGGUGGUACGACUCGACGGGAAGCGCGUGAAAGAAAAUACGCGUGCACGCGAGAUGUUCGAAGCACAACGCAAGCGCGCCGCUCCUUCUACGGGAACGUACGAUUCCCGCCCAAAGAAACAGACUCGUACCAACGAAAACGCACCUCCCCCAUCCGUCGCUUCUUCGUCCUCUUCGUCCACCAACGCUCGUUCAGGACGCCUCCCCCCACUGUCCGAAGCGGACAAAUAA